AUGAAAGCAAAUGAUGAAUCUGCAAAGCCCGUUAUUGCUAGUUUUUCAAGUAAAAGGCUCAAAGAGUUCCCAGAUUUAUCAUUGAAGAGACAAUGCACUGAUAUCAUUAUCUCUAAAAAUCAUAUCAAAAAUUUCCAAGGAUUAAAGGCAAUUCCACGUAUCAGAGUACUUAGCUGCGAUGAUAACAAGAUUGAAUCCUUUGAUGGAGCCAUUCAUUUACCUACACUUCACUCGAUAUCCAUCAAAAACAACCCAAUUUCUGAAGAACCAUAUCUCAAAAUUAUGAUUCUUUUAGCAUUCGGAAAUUCUAUCACAAAAAUCAAUCAGCAGGACGUCAUAAAACGCGAUAAAGACAUCGCAGCAGUUUUAAGACCAAAAGUUGAAAAAUUUGUUCAAGAAGGCUUCAUCAUUACUUCGUUAGAGCCAAUUAGAUUGUUAAAUCCAGUUACAAGAAAGAGAAGAACGAUUUAUUUAUCACAGCCAUUAGAAGAACUUGUUAAGCAGCCAUUACCUGAAGAAGAACCAGAGCAACAAACUCUCACAAAAACAAUCAAGCCAUUUACAUUAAGAGCUUCUUUGAGUAAAAAGAAGCAAGAAUCUGUCAAAGAAGAAGCUGCUGAAGCCGAGAAAGAAGAACAACCACAGAAAGAAGAGAAUAAUGAAGAUAAGGAAUUAGAAAAUGCAAAGGAAACAGAGGAAGAAAAAAAAAUUGAAGAAAAGAAGGAAGAAGCACCUAAACCAGCUCCAGAACAAAAGCCAGUAAAUCCAGAGACAAAACCAACAGAAAUUCAGCCCGAAAAUAAGGAAACAGAAAAAGAUAUUCCUAAAUCUACAGAAGAAGCUCCAAAACCAGCUGAAGAAAAGAAAGAGGAGACUGAAAAGCCGGUAGAAGAGAAGAAAGAAGAAAACCAAGAGCCAGUUGAGGAAAUUAAGGAAGAAUCUGAAAACCCAGUCGAAGAAAAGAAAGAAGAAGCUCCAAAACCACAAGAAGAGAAGAAGGAGGAAGAAGAGAAGCCAGCUGAAGAGCAAAAGGAAGAAAUUCAGCAGCCAUCAGAAGAAAAGAAGGAAGAAACAGAAAAACCAGCCGAAGAAAAGAAAGAUGAAGACAUUUCUUCGGACAAUUUAGAAGAACUUCUUAAACUCGCUGAAAAUGACACAAAGAACUUCGAUUCUUCUGAAAUUGACGAGGUUUACAUGAACCAGAUCAUUCAGGAAGCUAUGAAGAAUGAUGACAGUGCUGCCGAACCUCACAACUAA